AGGCCCGUGCGGCGGAUGGGCAACCACGCUCGUGCGGAAACUACGGCCCGGUCGGCUUGUCGCCCCCAACUCCGGCGACUCCGCGACUGCGCACUUCCAACUACGCCGCCGCCCGAGCCCGAGCGAAGCUGCCGAAGAAGCAAGCGUGCCUCCCUUCCCUCUCCCUCGGUCGACCAGAUGGACGGCCGCGUGAAGGUGGUGGGGCAGGUGGAGCGCGUGGACGGAGCGUCGCUGACCUACGCGGAGUUCGUCGACCGCUUCAUGGCGCCCAACUGCCCCGUCGUCCUCACGGGGCUCACCGCGUCCUGGCGGGCCUGCGAGGACUGGACGCUCCCCGGCCCCGGCGACCGCCGCCGCCCUGACCUCAGCUUCUUCGCCCGGAACUUCCCCUCCCCUCUCGUCCAGGUCGCUGACUGCUCCUCGAGGGAGUUCACGGACCAGAAGCGGCUUGAGAUGUCCAUGCAGGAGUUCAUAGACCACUGGGUUGGAGACGCUCACGGUGGCUCCAGUGCUGGGGAUCGCGAGAGCUCCCUGUUGUAUCUGAAAGAUUGGCAUUUCGUUAAGGAGUACCCUGAUUAUGUUGCAUAUACUACACCAACAUUCUUCAUUGAUGAUUGGCUCAACAUGUAUCUUGACAGUCACCCUAUACAUAGAGAUUCUGACAUUGCCAAGCAUAAAAAUGAAACAAACUGUUCAGACUAUCGGUUUGUUUACAUGGGAGAAAAAGGAACCUGGACUCCUCUGCAUGCUGAUGUUUUUAGGUCAUACAGCUGGUCAGCAAACGUUUGUGGGAGAAAACAAUGGUUGUUUCUACCACCAUCACAAAGUCACCGUGUAUUUGAUAGGUACAUGAGAUCUUCGGUCUAUAACUUAAAUGAUGAUGUUUCUGAAAAGCUUUUUCCUGAAUUCAAUAAGGCUGAAUGGCUAGAGUGCAUUCAAGAGCAGAAUGAAAUCAUAUUUGUUCCCAGUGGAUGGUAUCACCAAGUCCAUAACCUGGAGGAUACUAUAUCUAUAAACCAUAAUUGGUUUAAUGCCUACAACCUACACUGGGUGUGGAACUUGCUUUAUGAAGACUACAAAGUUGCAAAAGAAUAUAUUGAAGACAUUCGAGAUAUAUGUGACGAUUUCGAAGGGCUUUGCCAACGGAACUUGGCAGCUAAUACAGGCAUGAACUUCUAUGAUUUCUUCGUUUUCAUAGUGCGGUUUGCUUUAGCCAAUGUAAUUGAGCUUUACCAUCUUCAGCAGCCAGAGGUUGCAACAUUUUCAACAGAAACUGCACACCAUUUUGUCUAUAAUCUGAAGUCAAUUCGUAAUGUGGCAUCAAAAAUGAUAACUACAGAGGCUUUCACUACUGAGAAUCUUCGUAGUAUUUCUGAAGAUAACCGUAGUGCUUUCUCCAAUGUCAAACAAAUAUUAGAAGAAGAGAGUUUCAGAAGGCUAUUGGUGACACUAUCAAAGGCAUAUGAACACAUAGACAGAGGGCAAAGAAAUUGUCUCAAAUCUUGUACUUCAUAUCAGAAGAGCUGUUUGUCAAUGAUCUGCUUGAAAUCUGAUUGCAAUGUUGUUGAUCACAUUACUUCUUUGAUCGGCGAAGUUUGUGUACCUGCGGAUUUGGUGACACUAAUUGAUAGUGCUCUCUCUGAUGGAUAGUUUUUAGUCCAUCUAGCAUGGUAAACUUGUGCUUGCAUGAAUCCUAAUUUGUGAGAUAUGAUGGAUAUUUGAUCACUGUUGGGUUCUGACAGCCUGUCAAUUGGAGAAUCCAUUGUGCAUUACAUACUUAUUGGUUGUCUAUGCAGUGCUCACGUUUCAUGACAUAAACUCCAAACUUGAAGUUUUCUAAUGUGAUAUUUGCAUAACAGUGGAAGGUCAAAAGAUUGCACCCUUUUAUGGCAAUCGGGCUGUUAAAUUCUUCCAUGCAGAAGCUGUCACUAAGGAAGUAAUUAUUGGUCAAAUCACUCACCUUUCUGAGAAUUGCAUUCAAGUUGAAUGGACAAAAUUCGCACUGCUUAUAUAUCCAGAUGAUUUCCAAAUAUUUUACUACAUUCAACCUGUCAUAUAUGGUAAAGUUGCUAACGGUAUGAAAGUACUAGUUAAUUUUUUAAUGGCUUCUAUGGAAGAUUUCAUUUGCAAAUCACUCGUUACUUUUCUUUGCUUUCUCUGUUCCUGCAGAGAGGUGGAGAAUCUUGAGAAGACAAGGGUUAAUGGCAGUCAAUCAAGGCUUAAAUGAGUGUUCAGCUGUGUUUUAAAGAUGUACUGUACUAUAAUCUGAUGAAAAGUUUUGUAAGUGAAAUUUUUUCUUAAACCACAGCUUAAGUCAAAGAAUCCAGUCUUGAUCA